AUGAUUCCCAAAUCCGUCGCCAUCAUCCAAAUCACAAUCCUCCUCCUACUAAACAACGGAUUUUUCAGUCUCCAAUCCGUCGCAACCGAAAUUUCAUCUACUUCCCCUUCCCCUUCGCCUUCUCCAUCACCUUUACCGUUUGAAGAGUACGGGCCAUCUCCUCCAUUCGAAGACCAGAAACUGUCGCCUCAGUUCAAGAAAUUCUUGAAGCAAUGCCAGAAGCGAAUGACGGUAGAGUGCGCCGAUCAAAUCGUGGGAUACAUGUUCGACAACAAAACCGUUUCCAAAACCUGCUGCUCCAAGCUCGUCAACAUGGGACCAGAUUGCCACAAAGGACUAGUGAUGAGGGGAAAAGAACUGACAAAACAAAACGCCUACGUCAAGAAAAUACUCUCCAAGAGUGAGGAACUAUGGAAAAAAUGCGAGAAGAUCGCGCCGCGUCCCAAGGACAAGAACUACCCAAAGCUUCCGCCACGGGAGUACCUGCCGGGAUACGCCGAGUUCUUGAGGGAAUGCGCGAAGAAGCUGACGGAGAAGUGCGGGAACGAGGUCUCCGACUCCAUUUUCAAGAAUCAUAAGACGGUGGACAAAGGGUGUUGCUGGAGGGUUCUGCAUAUGGGGAGAGACUGCCAUGAGGAGAUGCUUAAGGAUCUCAUAUCCUUGGGAGAUAUGAAGAACAAGACUCCGCGCGAGGUCAAGCUCAAGAGUGAUCAAAUUUGGAAGCGUUGUGAACGUAUCGCACGUCAUAACUAACAC